CCAAAACACAUCCACGAAUCCAUACUCCCCAUCCACGCAAACAAUCGACAUCAUGGCAACUCACGAGCAGCUCCCGUCUACCUCCUCCCGCCCCCCACUCGACCCCACCAUCACGAUGCCCACAACCAACACGGUCAACAUUGGCACCCGAAGGUCGAAGCUCGCGCUCAUACAAGCCCAGAUUGUGCACGAUGCCCUCAAAGCCGCCUACCCCGAGACCGAGUUCAAGAUUCACGCCAUGGCAACAAUGGGUGACAAGAACCAAGUAACUCCGCUUCACAGUUUUGGCGCGAAAUCCCUCUGGACGUUUGAGCUUGAACAUGGGCUCCUCGACGGCUCGCUGGAUCUCAUCGUGCACAGCCUGAAAGAUAUGCCGACCCAGCUUCCACCACAGUGCAAGAUCGGCGCCAUCACGAGCCGCGAAAAUGCACGAGAUGUGGUGGUCAUGAAGCCAAGCCUCCCAUACAAGAGCAUUGCCGAACUUCCCGCUGGAUCCGUCGUGGGGACGAGCAGCGUGAGGAGAAGCGCACAGAUUGCGAGGAAAUUCCCAAGUUUAAAAUUCAAAGACGUGAGGGGUAACUUGGGGACGAGACUGGACAAACUCGACGCCGAAGAUGGCGAAUACGCCUGUUUGAUUUUGGCGGCGGCAGGGUUGGAGCGGGUUGGCCUCGCCGAUAGAAUCACGCAGCAUCUCGAUUCGAAGACCCCGGGAGGAGGAAUUCUUCAUGCCGUCGGACAGGGUGCCCUGGGGAUUGAGAUCCGAAGUGACGACGAAAAGACUCAGUCGCUUCUCACGAAGUUAAUAGAUAACGAUGCUCUGCUGGCAUGCCUGGCUGAAAGAAGCUUGCUGAGAACCUUGGAAGGUGGUUGCAGCGUACCAAUAGGCGUGGAGACUGAAUGGAUUGAGGAGGGCAAGCUGCUGAUGAAGUCAAUUGUUGUUAGCUUGGAUGGGACGGAGGCCGUAGAAGCGGAGACGCUCGCCGAGGUCCUUACGGUGAAGGAGGCCGAGGAGUUUGGCUUGGCUGUGGCUCAGGAUCUGAUUGCCAAGGGUGCGUCCAAGAUUUUGCAGGCAAUCAACCUCACCAAAGAUGUGGUCGUGGAUGGGCCGGCUGCAUAGACCGGUCAUUGCAAAGGAGGUAGCUUCUCAGGAACUGAUUGCCGGGUGUGCGAGACCGCCUCUGGUGCGUUGUUGAUGGUUACCUGUAGAUACAUAGCGUUACAGACAGAGCUUAUGCCUCAAUGUCACCAAGACGUCACACACUUCUAAUGAAUAAAUCAACCCAAUG